AUGAGGAUGCUACCCCAGUGCCACACACCAGAGGAUGAGCGGCAACUGCGGAAAUUCCAGAAGAUGGUUGGGCUGGGCAGGAAUCCUGUCAUUAUGGUGUCUUGCGAUGGACCUGAACCUGCGCGGUACAAGACUAUGGAAACACCGGACUUUCUCAUUGAGUGGUCUAUCCUCUCUUUCACGGAGCACUCUAUGUCAGGAGAGUUGACGGUGGAGAAGUUGUUGGCCUCCUACGAUGGCCCCGAAAUGCCCGAUGUCCAGAGCUUGUCGCUGGAGGACACGCCUAAGCUGCUUGUUACUGCGAAGACGGAGGUUGAUGAUAAGAUAUCCUAA